GUCAAACACAUAACAUUUAUGAAGAAAUACUCAAUUAAAAACAACAAUUAUAUUGUAAAUAUAUGAAUAUAUGAAUAUGAAAGUGAUAUAAUUAUGUUGAUGUUGACAAAGCACGAAGGAGCUGUUUUGAAUUGAACUCGCUCUUUUUAAUUUAGGGAGACUACAUAGCUAGAGAACAUCUGAUACUGAAAACAUUUCAUAGAAUACCUUGUAGUGCUUUGGCCCGAGAGCUCUUUUCUUAUAGGCGGGAUGAAUGGGCGGUGUCCACCGUGUCCUACCGCCCGCCCCGUGGGUGUGUUUAAGGCGAAUGUCCGCAUCCACCUGCUCGGGUGCUGCUCUCCCACAGUCUGAAACGCUCAACUUUCAGGAGUGCCUCGCAGCGUGCCGUUGGACACACUUUCCCCCACAAUAAGGAAUAUUUGUUGUAUCUCCCUUUUGGAAGCGCAGUUCCGUUGACAAUGACAUUUUUCUUCCCCUAAGCUCUUGCUCAGAAUUGAUCAAGAAAAUUGUAAUCAUUUUGGGGUGUUUUCUUUUUUCAUGUUCUGUUGAGUGCUCUCUGAGAGUCAUACGCACGUUGCUCUCAGGUGAAAAGGCUAUCGCUUCUGACCGUCCACCAACAGCAUCGGGAUUUAAUGUUUUAAAUCGGGAGAAGAAAGUAGACGAGUGUUUUGGAAUUUGGUUAUUCAAUGACUUAUAUUAUUGGAUUUCAAGUUAUUUUCGGAGAGCUGUUGUAACAACCAGGGAUUCUGUCCCCGUUCCUGGGCUUGCCCGCGGUGGUUUGACCAUGCAGCUGGACGCUCUGCGGACCGUCCAGAUCCUCCUGGCGCUGGCCGGCUUCGCUCUGGGGAAUCAGCUCAUCAUCGACCCGCUAGCCGCACCUCGCGUUACCAUCUCCUUCAAAGAGUUGACGGCCACUGGCACUGCCCAACAUUUCGCCUACCUCCUGAACACCUCGGACUACCGGAUCCUGCGCAUGGAUGAGGACCACGACCGCAUGUACGUGGGCAGCAAGGACCACAUCCUGUCCCUGGACCUGCACGACAUCAACAAGGCGCCGCUCAUUAUCCACUGGCCAGUGUCCCAACAAAGAAGAACAGAAUGCAUUCUUAGUGGGAAGGACACUAACGGAGAGUGCGGUAACUUCAUCCGUCUGAUCGAGCCGUGGAACCGCACCCACCUGUACGUGUGCGGGACCGGAGCGUACAACCCGGUGUGCACCUACGUCAACCGCGGACGCAAACCUCAGAACGCCAUGCAUCUGCAGAUGCCCCAGGCCGGAGGCAGGAAUAGCCGCUCAGCCGAGGCCACCGCGGUGCAUGAGACACUGGGACUGAAGGAAUACAUCUUCCAAUUGGAGCCCGUCCACACCCACCGAGAAGUGGAAGUCUCUCAGACCAUCCCCAUUGCCACGGGCAACCACAAAGCACUCACCGCCUGCUGCGGACGUGGAGUUAUCCGGCCCUGGCGAGCCGUGAUCGAUGGCUCCCGAUGA